AUGCCUGACGAAAAGGAAAAGUCUUCCUCAAUAUCGCGGUAUCUACGUCCCGAACGUUUUGACGUGGAACCCGCAAUGGCCGGCUCAGACCUGAAAUGGAUUCAUUGGAAGUACUCAUUUGAAAAUUUUAUCGCACAGGAAGCCGCUUCGGCUGACGAUGCCCUUAAGUACAAACUCCUUGUAAACCAUAUUUCGCCAUCAACAUUUAAUUUCAUUCAAGCUUGCACCACGUACGUCGAUGCCAUGACCACUCUCAGUACCACCUACGAGAAACGAAAAAAUAUUACCUUGGCUCGGCAUCGCCUUGCUACUAGAAAGCAACAGCCUGGCGAAACGUUAGCUGAAUAUUCGAGAUCUCUUGCCAUUCUUGCUCGUGAAUGUCACUUCAAAGCUGUUACUGCUAAUGAACAUCAAAACGAAACCGUAUGUGGUACGUUCAUUGCCGGAAUAUUGUCACAGAAAAUAAGAGAAAGGCUGCUAGAAAAAUCGACUAUGUCUCUGGAAGAAACAUUGAAUCUGGCAAUAUCUUUAGAAACUGCUGAAAAUACUUCACGAUUACUUACAGUAUCAUCUCCAUCAACGUCUGCUGUCCCUGUUAAUGCAAUCUCUGAAACUCAAGCACCGCAACCAAAGCUCAAUUUAGCAGCAACAAGAACUCAAAAUUUUCAAUACAGUCGCCCUACGCAAAGUGACCGCCGAUGCUUUUUCUGCGGUGGCAAUGUUCAUCAAAGGAUCAAGUGCCCCGCUAAUAAUGCUCAAUGUCAACUUUGCUCCAAAAAAGGACAUUUUGCAACCGUUUGCCGUAGUUCAAGACCAGGUCAACGUACAGUAAAUGUUAUUACCACAGACAAUGACGACGUUACUCAACCCCAACUUACCGAUUCUCAUUUGUCAAUUAUAUCCGCUGCUGCUCCAUCAAGCCUACGCAAAGCUACCAUUCCUAUUACCUUGAACAACUAUCAAGCAGAUGCGCUACUCGACACCGGAAGUUCAAUCAGCUUUAUCGAUAAGAAUACUGCUCUAACCAUGAACCUUAAACGAAAGCCCUGUCGACAAGCGAUAACUUUAGCAUCUCUUAACAAUAUAUCAUAUGUCGAAGGACUAUGCUACGCUACAAUUCAGAUUGGUGAACAUAUAUACCAGCAUCAACCUCUGCUCAUUGUUGGCGAUCUGUGUGCUGACGUUAUCAUUGGGCAUGAUAUAUUAGGAAAACACUCAUCAUUUGAACUUCAAUUCGGGGGAGACAAAAGGCCCUUGAAAGUUUGCAAUGUAAUGGAGGCAUCUGUCCCACCAGCUUCAGUUUUUACCAAUCUUUCACCAAAUAUAAAACCUAUAGCUAUUCGCUCCAGACGGCAUUCUCAAGAAGACCAAGAAUUUAUAUCUAACGAAAUAAGCAACUUACUUAAAGACAAGGUUAUCGAACCCAGUAUCUCGCCUUGGAGGGCACAAGUACUCGUUACGAGUGAUGGCUAUCAUCGGAAGCGUCUUGUCAUAGACUAUUCUCAAACUAUAAAUAGAUUUACGGAACUAGAUGCAUAUCCUUUACCUAACAUCGAUUCUAUCAUAACUCAAGUCGCUAAAUACAAUAUUUUUAGCCAAAUCGACCUCAAAAGUGCUUAUCACCAAGUUCCAAUUCUUCAAAAGGAGAAGGUAUACACCGCCUUCGAAGCGUGCGGGAAUCUCUACCAAUUCACACGAAUACCAUUUGGAGUCACAAAUGGUGUAGCGGCUUUCCAGCGAACCUUACAGUAUAUCAUUGAUUCGGAAAAACUGAAAGGUACAUAUGCUUACUUAGACGAUGUAACUGUAUGCGGAAAAGAUAAGCAGGAUCAUGAUGAUAACCUUCGCAAAUUCAUGAAAGCUACUGAAAAAUACAAACUCACUCUAAAUAUGAGUAAAUGCACUUUUGAAUCAGAAUCCAUAAAUCUUCUCGGCUAUACCAUCCAUCAUAACGUUAUCAAACCUGACAAAUCUCGAUUGGAACCACUGACGAAUCUUCCUAUCCCAUCUGAUACAACUACUUUGAAAAGAGCACUGGGACUAUUCGCUCAUUAUUCAAAGUGGGUCAACAACUUUUCUGCCAAAAUCAGACCUCUGAUCGAAGCUACAUUUCCUUUAUCUGAAGAGGCUAUUAACUCUUUUAACAAUCUAAAGAUUGACAUUUCUAAAUCAGCCUUGGCUGGAAUAGACGACAAAGAGAUAUUUUCUGUUGAAACUGACGCCUCUGACUUCGCGAUCGCAGCAACGCUGUCACAGAAAGGGCGUCCCGUAGCGUUCUUCUCACGAUCGCUUAACGAUUCUGAGAAAAGACAACCUUCUAUUGAGAAAGAGGCUUGCGCUAUAGUUGAAGCUUUACGCAAAUGGAGACACUUCUUGAUUGGAAGACACUUUCUACUCAUAACUGAUCAACAGUCUGUUGCAUUUAUGUUCAACCAAACACACUCUAAUAAGAUCAAGAACGAAAAGAUCGAGAGAUGGCGCCUAGAAUUGUCUUGUUUUAAAUACGACAUUGUUUAUCGACCCGGAAAACAGAACUUUGCUGCCGAUGCGCUCUCUCGAGUCUGCAUGCACAUAAAUACUUUGUCUAAUAGCUCCAAACUUGUUGAACUACACCGAUCUCUUUGCCAUCCUGGAAUUACACGUAUGGUUCAUUGGGUCAGAUCGAAGAACUUACCAUAUUCCAUCGAAGAAGUGAAAAGAAUGACGGCAGCAUGCCCUAUCUGUGCUGAAAUCAAACCUCGUUAUAUGAAACACCAAGGGCAUCUGAUAAAGGCAACUGCACCUUUCGAAAGACUGAACUUAGAUUUUAAAGGGCCGAUUCCAUCUAAUACUCAAAACCGAUACAUUUUAACAAUAAUCGAUGAAUAUAGUCGUUUUCCGUUUGCGUAUGCCUGUAAGGAUAUGACAUCCGGAACGAUCAUAAAUUGCCUUAAAGAUUUAUUUUCCACGUUUGGUACUCCGGCUUAUAUCCAUUCCGAUAGAGGAAGUUCAUUUAUAUCGGAUGAAAUAAGACAUUUCUUAACCUCACUGGGAACAUCUUGUAGUCGCACCACCCCUUACAAUCCCCAAGGAAACGGUUUGGUUGAGAGACUAAAUGGUACGCUGUGGCGAACAAUUCAAUUACAUCUCAGAUCGAAUAACGAAGACGUUGCUAACUGGGAGAAAGCUUUGCUGCCAGCGCUACAUUCCAUAAGAUCCCUCUUAUGUACGGGAACGAAUGCAACGCCACAUGAGCGUAUGUUCAACCAUCCUCGUCGCUCGAUAAACGGCCAAUCUUUACCAACUUGGCUUCAUUCACCCGGACCUGUUUAUAUGAAGAAGAACGUAAGGAGUUCCAAAUAUGAUCCGGCUGUAGAAGAGGUACAGCUGUUACAAAGCAAUCCUGAAUAUUCUUACGUUCGAUUAGCGGAUGGACGAGAGACGACAGUCUCUAAUAGGUCCUUAGCGCCACUACCACAGGCCGUUGAUGAUGACUCGUCGGACGACGAAGAGCAAUUAGAAAUGGAGGAGGUCCCUUCUAACGAAGCUCCACCUGCUAGCCCAGAAGUGGAGAGUACACAAGUUCGUCGCUCUGUUCGAGAACGCAGACCUCCAGCCCACUUUCAAGAUUACGUCUCUUCAUAA